AUGGUGACGGCCUUCAAUGGCGAGGAAUCAGAGCUUGCCACUGAGCACGUCAAUCGGCUCCUCGAGACAGCGGGGCAUCUUGACCUCAUUCGACUGUCAAAGCUACCUCUAUCUCCGUCCCCAUAUCAUUCACCAGAUCGAUCCCCUUGCAACCUAGUACACAACACGGCCUUAUGUCGCUUGACGGUAAGGCUGAACGUCGACCCGUACCUGUCCCCGGAGGUCUCGGACUGGGCAGAUACGGCAAACGAGCUUCGCGGGGCCUUCUCCACGGUUCGGAGCUACCAGCUCGAGCGCAUCACAGUCCACUUCAGGUUCGCGCUGCCCAGCUCCGUGAACGAGGAGAACUUCCGCCAGAACUGCAAGCAGCUGGACGCGGACUCGCGCGGGCUGCACGACGUGAUGGCCCGGCCGUACUUUCGCGCGUUGAGGGAGGCCAGGAUCGAGAUAGAUGUUGGGCAUAUCUCUAGGGACGAUAGGACGGAGGAGAUGGACACCUUCGUCGGUGCGAUGGAGCCCAUAGUACGACGGUUGUUCGCGCCGUGGCACGAGCGCGGUGUGGUCAACGUCACAUCCGUGACAGCGAAGUGGUCGUGA